AUGACGGCUAAUACCAACCGAUUCUCUACCUACACCUCCGCCUCAGGCGGCUCCGAGGGCAAGAAUGGCGAGUCCAAGAAGGACAUGUGGAGCUCCAUGCUCGACUCCGUCGCCAGUGGGAAGCGCUUGCCGGAGAAGAACAUCCUCGUUAUGGGCGGGACUGUCGAUUCUCAGCGUGACUUCUUAGAAGCGCUCUCAAACAACGAGCUGCGACGGAACCUCGAUAGGCAGAAUAAGAUACCGCCUGUCGCCAACCAAUUUGCGCUCGGCUAUACCUACUACGACCUCCUCGACGCUGAUCAUGAAGGGGCUCAGGCCGAGAAAAUGGAGGUUCUGGAGAAGAUGCAAAGCUGGAAAGAGGAGGAAUUCGACCAAGUUCUUCAAUACAUGCGAACUAUUCUGCUCAAGCACGGCGCAUCACUCAUCUAUACCACGCCCUCUUCACCAUCGCAACUACCUACUCUCGUACAUUCAAGUCUUGGAAUCCACUCGCUUCUCAAAAAGCAGCCGCUCAAGCAUAAUACUAUCGAUAGGGACAGGGUGACGGUGCCGCCGAACUGGGACUCAUGGGGCAAAAUCCGGGUUUUGCGAGAAGGAUUUGACGUCGAAGCUGUGAGCCAAGGAUGGACUGUUGACCUAGCUUACCCCUUCCCUCCCCCCGGAAGGCAAGCAACUCUGGAGAAUGGCGAAACUGUGCUGGGGGAUAAGGAUGUCGACGCGGACGGAUAUGAAGUGGUUGAUAACUCAGCAGUCACAAUGUUCGAAAAUACGAUCAGAAACCCCAGCAUGGAUGCUCUGCAAAUGGCGGGGAGAGAUACACAUUCAACAAAGCUGGAGAUCGAAACAGUCGAUACGCAAGCAUUCCUUGGGGGCCAAGUCAAGGUUCUUGAGGCCUACCGCCAAAAGUUCGAGGAGGAGAACAAGGAAGAUGACCGGAAGAUCCGGAGCAGGAAGCCAGCUGCAGACGAGUUGGACAAUGGUCGCAUCAACGGCACGGAAGGCAGAGUCAACGAGCACAUCGGUCCGGUCCAAUUCAACAUGGGUGGCAUCCAGGUGGAUGCUGAUGACAUGCUGCAACGUCUGAAGGACCGUCAAACAUACGGGUCCUCCCCUGAGCCUACUAGUCCAGAUCUUGAGCCCAGCGCGGAAGAAGCUCCUCAGGAGAUGAAUAACGAGAAUCUGCAGGCGUUCUUCGCUGGUCUGAUGAAUCGCAAAGGAGGCGCAAAGGCCGGUGCCUCUUGA